AUCCGCAUCGACAAGCUGGUGGACAAGUGGUCGGGCUCCAUCUAGAUCGGGGUCACCACCCACAACCGCAACAACCUGGAGUAUCCGGCCACUAUGACGAACCUGUGCUCAGGAACCAUUAUGAUGAGCGGCUGCGGGAUUCUCACCAACGGGAAAGGUACCCGGCGGGAAUACUAUGAAUUCAGCUUGGAUGAGUUGCAGGAAGGCGACCACAUCGGUUUGACCCAGAAAUCCAACAACGCCGUUCACUUCUACAUCAACGGCAUCGACCAAGGUGUCACCACCACCCUCACCCCCUUGGUGGUCUAUGGUGUGGACCUCUACAGCAUGGCCGUGAAGGUCACCAUCGUGCACAAUCACAACCACAUCGACCGGCUUCAGCGCAACAAUGCCAUCAUAAGGGCCCUCUCGCCAGACGUGGGGCGGAGGGCCAUUGACGCCGGGCAGCCGGAACCCGAACGCCUCUUCUUCCACCCAAACUGUGGUGAGAAAGCUGCUAUUAUCAACAAAGGACGGACGGCACUGUGGCCUCAUGCCACCAACGACUUCAACCACGGCGUGGUCCUCAGCAACCGGCCGCUGUGGAACGGCGAGGUCUUCCAGGUGUGGAUUGACAAGAUGGUGGACAAAUGGGCCGGCUCCAACGAGAUUGGCGUCACCACACACAACCCCACCUAUCUGCAGCUGCCAUCCACGAUGACCAACUUGCAGUCAGCUGAGAACUGCGACCACACAUGGAUGAUGACUGGGAACGGAGUUACGCACAACGGUACCACUAUCCUGGAUGAAUACGGCCACAACCUGGAUCGCUUGAAGGCAAAUCUCCUCCCUCUUCCCGACGAUCUUUCAAAGGGGAACAACCAGCUCUUCCCCAGCAGCCCCUCCUCCGUGGCUUCAGGGAGCGACCUGCGGUUCCAUCACCUCCAUGGGAACGCCAUCAUCAACGGUGGGUGCACCGCCCUGCGCCAGAACUGCCGCAGCGAAUUCAACGACGCCAUCGUCAUCUCCAACUGGCCCCUUCAGGAUGGCGAACUGUUCAAAAUCGUUAUCCAGAAGAUGGUGGAUCUUUGGUCAGGCUCCAUUGAAGCAGGAGUCACCGCCAUCCGUCCGGAAGACCUGGAAUUCCCCAAUACAAUGACGGACAUUGACUACGAUACCUGGAUGCUCAGCGACACCGCCAUUAUGCAGGAUGGAAACACCCUGCGCAACAACUACGGCUGCGACUUGGACUUGCUGACCACCGGCUCGCGCAUCAGCAUGAUGCGGACGGUGAAGGGGGACCUGCACUACUUCAUCAACAGCGUGGACCAGGGGGUGGCAUGCUCCGGGCUGCCCCCAGGGAAGGAGCUCUAUGCCAUGGUGGACCUCUACGGCCAGUGCGUCCAGGUGUCCAUCACCAGCUCCACAGGGCCCCUGGACAACAGCCUCUCCACCAGCAACACCACAGAGAAAUCCUUCCCCAUCCACUCCCCAGUUCCAGGCGUGGCCCACCGUUUCCACAGCUCCUGCAGCAAGAACGUGGCCUUUCAAGACGACGGGUGCCGAGCCAUGCAGGUGUCCAGUUUCUGCCACGGCAUCAUUUUCAGCAUGAAGGAACUGAAGACGGACGAAAUCUUUGAGGUGAGGCUGUCCACACCCAUCCUGAGGUGGGGUGUCAACUCAUCAAAUAUUUCUAUGGUCUUUUUAGAGUUGCCAACAGAAAGGGAGAGGGGGAGCAGUGCGGCAGCUUGGAAAUCAAAA